AAGCUCCAGAGCCUCACCUGACGUUUCCAGAGAGAGGGCGGCAACAGGCUCUUUCCGCUGUCUGUUCGCAGAGAAGGGUCCAGGGGCCGGAGCGCGGGGGAGGAGCUGCUGCCCAGAGCUGGAGGGAGCGAGGAAAUCACGCUGGGCCAGACGAAGGUGCGCCGCGGGAACUCGAACUUUGCAACCACAUAGGGGCUGAAUGUGACAAAGCAAGAUGGCCAAGGUUAACACCCAAUACUCCCACCCCAACCCAACCUGCACUGAGGUAAGGACCACGGACAGAGAUCUCAGCCACAUUGAAAAUGGCCUCAGCAGGACCCACUCGCCAUGCGAGGAGACACCGUCAGAACUGCAGCAAGCGAUUGCCAUGGAGACCAGAGGACGGGCUGAAUCCCGGCGAAACUCCCUCACUGGCCAGCGGUCUGCCAGGUUGUGGCGCCUGAUCAUGUCGCUUCGUGUGUGGGCCGCCAGGCAUUUACACCCCCAGAACCAGAGACCGGACGCUUUCCUGGAGCGUUUCCAUGGAGCUGAGCUCAAGGAGGUGUCCAGCCAAGAAAGCAAUGUCCAGUCCAACGUGUGUGGCCAGGAGCCAGAUGGAGGGAGACGUGACAAGGCGGGCAAGGAGGAGAGAGAGAAAAAGGAAGAAGAAAGAAAGGAAAACUGCGUAAAGCAACAGGAAAAGAAGGACACCCUUGUGGUGGACCCUUCCAGCAAUGUGUACUACCGCUGGCUGACUGUCAUUGCCCUGCCCAUCUUCUACAACUGGUGUCUGCUGGUCUGCAGGGCCUGUUUUGAUGAGCUGCAGUCUGAACACCUGAUACUGUGGCUGGUGCUGGACUACUCUGCCGAUGUCCUCUAUGGCUUGGACGUGCUGGUGCGGGUCCGGACAGGCUUCCUCGAGCAAGGUCUGAUGGUCAGGGACACCAAGAGGCUGUGGCAGCAUUACACAAAGACCUUGCAUUUCAAGCUGGACGUGUUGUCCCUGCUCCCCACAGACCUGGCAUAUUUUAAGCUGGGCAUAAACUACCCAGAACUGAGGUUCAACCGCCUACUGAAGCUGACCCGGCUCUUCGAAUUCUUCGAUCGCACAGAGACGAGGACCAAUUAUCCCAACGUGUUCAGGAUCGGGAACUUGGUCUUCUACAUUCUUGUCAUCAUCCACUGGAAUGCCUGCAUCUACUUCGCCAUCUCCAAGUUCAUCGGUUUUGGGACCGAUUCCUGGGUGUACCCAAAUAUCUCAAACCCAGAGUAUGGGCGCCUCUCCAGGAAGUACAUUUACAGUCUCUACUGGUCCACCUUGACCUUGACAACCAUCGGUGAGACCCCGCCUCCUGUGAAAGAUGGGGAGUAUCUCUUCGUGGUCAUAGACUUCCUGGUGGGUGUCCUGAUUUUUGCCACCAUCGUGGGCAACGUGGGCUCCAUGAUCUCGAACAUGAACGCCUCCCGGGCUGAGUUCCAGGCCAAGAUCGACUCGGUCAAGCAGUAUAUGCAGUUCCGCAAGGUGACCAAGGACUUGGAGACGCGGGUUAUCCGGUGGUUUGACUACCUGUGGGCCAACAGGAACACCAUGGAUGAGAAAGAGGUGCUUAGGAGCCUCCCGGACAAGCUAAAGGCUGAGAUCGCCGUCAACGUGCACCUGGACACGCUGAAGAAGGUCCGCAUCUUCCAGGACUGCGAGGCGGGGCUGCUGGUGGAGCUGGUGCUGAAGCUGCGGCCCACGGUGUUCAGCCCUGGGGACUACAUCUGCAAGAAGGGGGACAUUGGGCGGGAGAUGUACAUCAUCAAGGAGGGCAAGCUGGCAGUGGUGGCCGACGAUGGGAUCACCCAGUUCGUGGUCCUCAGUGAUGGGAGUUACUUUGGGGAGAUCAGCAUCUUAAACAUCAAGGGGAGCAAGUCGGGGAACCGCAGGACUGCCAACAUCCGCAGCAUUGGUUACUCGGACCUGUUCUGCCUUUCCAAGGCUGACCUGAUGGAGGCACUCACCGAGUACCCUGACGCCAAGAGGGCUCUGGAGGAGAAGGGCCGCCAGGUCCUCAUCAAGGACAACCUGAUGGACGAGGACCUGGCCGAGGCCGGGCCAGACCCCCAGGACCUGGAGGAGAAGGUGGAGCACCUCGAGUCCUCCCUGGACACCCUGCAGACCAGGUUCGCACGGCUCCUGGCCGAGUACAACGCCACCCAGAUGAGAGUGAAGCAGCGUCUCAGCCAGCUGGAAAGCCAGGUGAAGCUCUGUGGGGGCAGCCCUCUGCCUGAUGGGGACCCCCCAGAACCAGAGCCCAAACAACAGUGAACAGGCACAGGUCUGUUUCCUGCUUCCUGGAGCCAGCUGUCAGUGUGACGCUCUGUGGCUGUAGCUACAUGAAAAGGGACGUGGAAGGAAGGCUGUCCAGCUCUUUGGCCUUUUGCAAGCUGUUGUGGCCUCAGGAGAGAGCCUCGGUUUCCACAUCUGGAAAAGGAGCUUCGUUGUGUCGUCCCCUGUCAAGUGCAGGUUGUGACGAGGGCCACACGAAACUGCAUGGGACAGGGCAUUGUAACGUGCGAGGUGUCCCCAGUGCAAGCAUAUGAAAUUGUGGGCACAGAACUCUUUUUUUUUCUUAUCCAUAAGGAAUUUUUAGAUUUUUGACCUUCUUUUUGGUGUAAACGGAAGGUUAGUUAGUCCCCUUCCUAUUCCCACACCUCCUCCUGCCACCUGCUAAGGGAGAUGUCACAAAAGCUAAAACUACAAUGUGGUAAUGAACUGAAAUCAGCCUCACACCAGGCAGUUUGGGACAGAUUUCUGAAUCUGGUAUCACCUCAUAGGUUCUUUGGCACCCUAGAAACCCUGGGACUUUGGUGGUGCUGUGACAAACACAGGGUGAAGCAAGGUGGCCCCAUUUGGGGUCACUUCAAGUCUGUGACACAAAUCCAGAUGUUCUGCUAUCCAGCCUCUGUGAAAUGGGAAUCUGUUUCAUAGAAAAGAGCAUCUCCGUCGGGGAAGGGGACCUCUUCUCCUAACUUGCCAAAGGGACUCAAAGACAGCUUCUCAUGUUCUUGCAUGAGGGUUCUGGGCAGCCAGUCUGGACUGGAGGUUCUGAGCUGGAGGACAGUCAUGUUCCGGGGAGCGGCUCGCCUUUUAGGUUGGAGGUUGGAAUGGGGUCCUCAGCCACACAAAGCUGACGACUGGGACUUUGAGAAGAUGUGUUCCUUAGGCCAUAUCUUUGCAAACUGCCCCUUCCUUCAUUCCGGGAGAGGAAGCCUCACCGUCCCUCAGAAUUACAUCCUGAGGCAAAGCUCUUAGCUAGAGAAAAGCAUUUAGACUGCAGAAUCUAGCUGUAAAAAAAAUCCACUGAAUAGAAUUCCAUUAACAUUUUAUAAGAUAUUUAUAUAUUUGGAUUCUAUGAUUGAGAAUUAUAACCAUCAUGGUCCAUCCUUUGCUUAAAUACACAUUGUAAAUUAUCCGAAGGGAGUUGUUCCCCUGAUGCAGACAAGCCAUAAGGGCAGGGGUUCCUUCUCUUCCUUUCAAUGUGUCUCUCUCUUUCUCUUCCCUCUUUCUCCUUCCUUCCUUUCUUCUGUCUUCCCUUCUCUUCUUCCUCUUUCUUCUCUCUUCUUCUCAGACAAAAUGUCUCAUUUUGCUUUGGUCACUGGGAAGUCUCUGUGGUCUAAUGUCAUCAUCCGUAUGCUACAUAAAGGGGCCCCCAUGUCGUUCGUACAAAAGGUGCUGUACUUUUGAGUAUGUAUUAUGGGUCUCUUCUGGUGUUCAUAAUGGAUCAUCUGACCAUUUUAACUUUUGAAAAUGAACUUAAAAUGUCUAUUAAAGGAAGGUGUGAUCCAAGCUCAUAUCAUUAGCAAAAUGUAACUAGCAAUGUAUUCUCAAAAUGUAUAUAUUUUAAAAGCCUUAACUGUCAA